CACAGCCAGUUAUUAGUCGUUGUGUCAUUGUGUGUUCUGGUGUUGUCCCCGAAGACUGUCGUAGUCUCGUACUUGUACGAUGGUCAUAUAUUUAUCUGGUAUUCAAUAAUAGUCGAGGCUUAUUUACAAAAAAAAAAAAAUAUUACAUCGGGAAACAACGAGUAGAUUAGAAAAAUUAUAAAUCAAUAGAUUAAUUUAAAUUAACGUAUGCGUAAUAACCUAGACGUUAAUUUAUGAUAACCAUCUUAAGAAAGUAAACUGAAGCACAUCUAAACCACUGGACUUGACCUCGGCACUAUCCAACCAGCCAUUUAUUAGUCUAAUCUCUGUAGUAUUAAAUAUCUAUAUCUACAUAUAAAUAAAUUGUUAUUGACAAUGGAACAACAGGACAACGGGUAUUACUGGAAUACACUUCCCAGUGUUAUUAUGCUAGAAAUAUUUUCAUAUCUUGAACAUAAAGACCGAAUAAAUGCAUCCAUGGUUUGUAAAAACUGGAGACAAGCGCUCUUUCAUCCAGCCUUCUGGAAAGAUAUCACGUUCGUUUUAGAUGACACUAAAAAUUCGUUGUGGUCAAGUUAUUUAGGGGACUGUUUUGGUCUGAGCGUUCAAAAUGCAACAGUGAGAUGUCAAAUUCCCCAUUGCAGUCUUGAGUUAGAAAAAUUGCUCCAGAAUUUAUGUGAGAAUAGAAAUUUACGUCGGCUUUUUGUCGAGCCAUCAACAUCAACAUUCGAGUGGUCAUUCACCAGCUACGAUGACAUGGAGGCAUUGGAGACGUGGACGGAGUCAUUAUAUCUAUCGAUAAUAAAAAUAAUUGAAACGUCAAAACGUCUGGAAGCACUGACACUUGGUUGUGUUGAAGAAUUAGUACUAAAUGCGGGUGAAGUUCUUGAGAUGUUGGGUUACUAUCACGGAAAACAUCUGACUCAUCUUGGUUUAGCUUCAGUUAAAGAAGAUCCUGAAAACUAUCAGUUUGUGAUAUUAAACAGUAUUACCUUCCAGCAAUUUAUAAGCCUCACUAUCCUUACACUAGACUACGAUUAUUUAAAUGACACGAUGUUGGGGUCAUUGACUAGUGGGACUUUAGAACGACUUGUUGUUCAUGUUCAUAAUUGGAAGGAAAAUUAUACCGGAACAUCAGACGAUGCCUGGGAAUUGUUUACUCAAAAAAAUCCUCGCUGUGAGCUAAGAUUAAAUUUACUGCACGCCUACACAGGUGUCACCGUCCUAGAACGCCAAAUACUCAAACGUAAGAUGCCGCUCACUCACUUCAAGGCUUUAUUCUGUGAAUAUGUUAAUCUUGGAGCUCUUUACACGAUCGCAUCAUAUUAUAGUACGACUUUGAAGUCUCUUAUGUGGAUUGAUUCUGCAGACAAUAACGAAUUGUCAUUACCACCAACUGAUGGAAAUCCUGAUGGUUUAGUAAUGGUUGCUUGGCGUUGCAUUAAUCUUCAGGAAAUAGUAUACAUUGGUCAUAAAUAUUAUCAUACAAAUUUGCUUGCAAUUGCUCGGUUACGAGGUCACACUUUACGAAGAUUUGAAUUUGCUGAAAAUGAUAUCAAGGAAGAUGAUAUGUCGCAUUAUAAGUACAAAGAAGUCAGAUCCGAAAUCAAUAGUAUACUCGGCGGUAAUUGGAAGACAUUCUCAGACUCAGAACUGAUGCCAGUGCUGAUAGACGCUAUCGCAGGUGACAGCAGAGAUGUAAUAAUGCCAUUGGUACUCAGUGACGCCAAGUAAUUUAUCGCAAAUAUUAUUAUUUAUAAUCACAAUCAUAAUCACCAUCAUAAACCAAGACCAGGAAAACAUCAGCAUCAUCGCGACAAAAAAACAUCAUCGCUAUUUAAUCAUUUAGAGAAUGUAAGUCAAAAAAACGUCUGUUCACAAAAAUAAUCAAAAGUACGUUCCUUUAUUAUAUUCUAUGCAUUUAAGAACCAUCGCCAAUUAAUGCGAUAGCCAGUGAAUAAGAGCUCGUUAAAAAAAUUUAAAUGUUCCCUGUUUAUAAAAGUUGAGUAAAAACAUUAAUUGCACUUGACUAAAAUAUUAUUAAAUGAUAAGAGAAAACGUGACGUAUGGACUCUGCUAUCAGAGUCCAGUAAGACUUCGACUUUAUCAGUCGUAAAUUAAAUUCGUGGAUUGACACAACGCGUAAAUGAACAAACAAAACAUAUAUAUUAUAUUUAACAUAAAAGAGGGAAGUAGAUAAAAAAAAAAAAAUACAUAAUCACCCGGUGAUCUUCCAAUGGAAAAAACGAAGCGAUUCCAGAAUAAAAGUAGGGAUAUAUUACUUGUAUUGUUUUUUUUUUUUUUUUUUUUUUCAACUGCUGGAAAUUAUAUUAGGAAAAAAAAGGAUAAAGUAAUUGCUCCGUAGAAUAUGAAUAAUUAAUAACGAUGCCUAAUUAAAUUCAGGCGAGAUGAUAGAUCUAUUUAAUAACAAUAAUCGUGUAGAACGCGAUUAUAAAAUAAUAUACAGCGACCCGAGGUUAUUUUUAAUACGACAACCAAUCGGACGCACAUAUUUUUAAAGAAGCGCCUUAAUUUAAAUUGAGGUGUGUUAACUCUUAAUGUUAAAUCGUAAGAGUUAACUACUAUUACUACAUACAUACUACUCUAUCGCGACGCGAUUUACGGUAAAUAUUGUGCCGUCAAUGCCAUUGCGAACAUCUAUUUUUCAACUAGGCGGAUUAGUUUGCUAGUCGUAAGAGGAUAUAAUUAUUCAGCGCACAUGCAUACAUAUGUUACUUACAUCUAAUCUACGGACUUGAGAUCUUGUAUUAUUGAUUAGGAUUAAAGAUUCUUUGUAAUGUUGACAUAAAAAAUCGUUAUCAGUUGAAAUACAAAAUAUUUUUUAAUUUUUUUUUUAAUUCUACACUUUUUUUUAUGUCUCUUAAGAUUUUAAUUGCUAGUAAUAUCUUUUAAAUUAAUUAAAUAUUUGUAGUUAAGGUGGAAAAAAAUAUUUUUUAGGAAAUUAUCGAAAAGUUUGUUGGGGAAAAAAUUUUUUUAAAAGAUAAUGGCAAUUAAAAUUUGUUUUUUUUUUUGAUACAAUUUAAUUAUUUUUUGUCUUUUGAUAUUAAGAGUUAUAUAUUUUUAUGAUGAUCCUGAAAGUAGCAGCCAGUUUAUAAUUUUUGAAUUUUUUUUUCGAUAACUUA